AUGCGGGCAUGGAGCGCGCACAACCGCGGAGGCGGUGGCAGUUAUGGUGGCAGUGGCUCGGGCUCGGCGUCCUCGGGGAACUCGCACGAGUGGAAGAAGGACCCGUCGGGCCGCUGGCACUACAUCGGGAUGCCGCUGCCCUCAUCGGCCCAGCCCCCCAGGGCCCACCGCCUAUGGACAUGCAAGGGCUGCGGCAGCACGAACCACACUCGGACCGCGUGUGGCACGUGCGGCAUGAAACGGACGUACUCGGAGGUGGCGUCGACACCCACCACCAUGCCAGCUGCAGACCGUGCCUCGCCGACGUCCAGCAACCCGGUGGCGAAACAGUUGGCCUCGGUGGCGGCGGCUCUUGCGGCAACCACUCCAACGACUGCACCACCAGCGCCAGUGCACGCCGCGCCCCCAGCCCAGCCAGCGGAGCCAACGCCAGCCGACGCUACUCCCCAGCCGUCGACACCUCCGCCCACUCGGGCCGUGCUGUUGGCGGACAUCCGGCAGCUGGAGACAGGCUUAGCCUCCAUGACGUCUCCUCUGAUGACAUCAGCCAAAGCCGAGCUGGAGGAGCGCUUGGCGGAGAAGCGCUCCGAGCUACACGCGCUGCGGCGCGAGCAGGCCGAGCAGGCAUUUUCGCUGGCUCAGACAGCGUUAACGGCAGCAGUCGAGGAGGAGAAGAACCUGACCACGCAGCUGACGGAACUCGAAGCAUCAGUCGGAGCCGGGGCACCGACUCCCGAACUGUGCAUGGCCGCGUUGGGCGAACAGCUCAAGGCCGCGGUCCAGCAGAUCCGCUCGUUCGACAACGUUGACCCCUCGGUUGGCGAGGAGGCGCAGCGCGAGUGGGAGACGCUCUUCCAGGCGACACUCCAGGCUGCCGAGGCCGCCAUGCAGACUGCCAGGGCCAACAUCCCCAAGAGGCUCAAUGGCAAGCAACCCUCUCAGCACCCCCGGGAAGACCCGCCGAAGCCCUUGGAUCGCCGAUUCAACGAGAAGCAGAAAGUCCAGACCCACCUCGAUGCGUGGUUCACCCCCAAGAGGCCGAUUGCGCCGCCAGCUGCCCCACUGCAGCAGUCAGGCGCUGCCCACCGCCGCGUGAUUGAGGAGACCGAGGACACUGUGCAGAUCGGCGAUUCCGACGUCUCCAUGUACAACACUGUGCGUGGGACUGCCACUCCCGCAGCCCAGCUGCAUCUCGACUUCCGCGCCUGGAACGCCAUCGCACUCGAGCUACACGGUGGGCCUCUCAUCGCCGUCAGCUCGAUGGCCCUGCUCGCCGCCCCCUCGCUGGCUACGUGGGCCGAGGCCGCGCUGCUCGUCCGCGACUUGGGGCCCUGGUCUCGGACGCCCUCGGGGUUCAGCUUUGGCUUGAUCGUGAAUUGGGCCAUCCUGUCGUUCAAUGGCGUGGACGAGCGCCUCGAGUUUGGGACGGACCUUUCUUCAACCGCUGUCGACCUCAGGGCACGGUUCCCCGACGCCUGCUGGCGCGCGCAGCGAUCGCCCGCGCCUCUCGUGUCGCAGUCCACUUUCUUCGCGCCGGGCGCGGCGGUGGACUUGGUCAACGCCCGCGCGCGAGACCGCGCGCUGGGAGGGGCACUUCGGCGACGUUUCAAGGGGGAGCUCGCCGCCCUUCACGACGCGCGGCAACCGGUGCAGCCCGCCCACGGCGACCCGUUGCUGCUGGGCGUCGGGCCCGACGAAACAGCCGCGGCCUACCGCGCAGUUGGCUGCGAAGGGGGCGUUGGCAUCGACGGCGCCCCUGCCGAGAUCUUGUGGCGCGGCGGCCAUCUCCAGCGCAUCCACAAGCAGCAGGGUGACAGCAGGAUCUGCGACGACCACCGCGGCGUCCUCCUAGCGGAUCACGCUGGGAAAGGCUUGGCAGGCAUCUUCAAGGACGUGUUGGAACCCGCCGUCAACGAACGCCUGCCAGACGCGCAAUUCGGAGCAGAUGCCGCGCGAGGGGCGGACUUUGCAACGCACGUGGUCUUCGCUACCAUCGCCUUGGCCCAGUCGCGGCAGGCGCUGGUGUUCCUUCUGUCUGUUGACUCGACAAAAGCGUUCGGCAAAGUUAUCCAGCCACUUGUCAUGGGCUGGGGCAGCGUGGAUCAUGAUCACCGCGAGCGCUGCCUCCAACAGCUCGGGGUUGCACCGCGUGCGGCUCGGCGCUCGGUGGACGUCCGCGAGCGAUGGCGGCAAGCGGACGGCGGCCUGGCCAUUCCGGUCUCGAAGUCUGACCAGCUGCUUCGCGUGGGCGAAGAGUGCAAGCACCUCGGUGCAUGGGUGUCCGCGCGCGGCGUUUCAGUCCGCAAUGCCGCUCAUAGCCUCGUCCUCUCCCGCCUCACCUUCAAGGCGCUUCGCCGCUUAUCAGGGGUUGACGUGAGAGCGCUUCUGCGCUUUGUUGGUGACCCUCGCUUCUCGAAAGACGUGGCCAUGACCGACCGAGAGGUCUGGGGAAAGAUUGGUCAGCCCUCGCUCGAUUGCAUGCUGAUGGUGGCGCGCAUGAGGUAUUUUGGCAGGCUGGCCCGGAAUCGACCGCCAUCCCUCCUGGCCUUGCUGCAGGCUGUCACUGGGGAGCCAGAACUACCGUGGUUGGCGACAAUCCGGAUCGACGUCGAGCGGGUGCGCGCGCUUGGCCUCGCCUCGCGUGUGGUCUGCCUUCUUUGCGGGGCGGUUCGCAAGCGUGGCUUGGCCUACUCCGGGGCGCCGCCAAGUGACGCUGGCUCCAGCCAUCUUGGCCCCGCCUUGCUCUGGCACCUCUCGGGCUCGCCGCUCCUGCCGUGCAGACGGGCCGUCGCGAUGUUCCGCGUGGUGCCGGCGGCCGUGCUGCGGCCCCUCCUCGGCGUCGCCGCCUACAGCGUGUGGUACGCCUGCGUGGCCCUGCACGGGCUGCUGAGGCUGUUCGCGCCGCUGCUGCGGCCUCGGGCGAGGGGCCCGCACGCGGGCAAGACCGUGCUCGUGACGACGGGCCGCCAGGCCAAGACGCUGCACGGCGUGAGGGCGCUGAAGGAGAUCGGCUGCCGCGUCAUCGUGUCGGACUACCAGGAGAUGAGCGCCAGCGCCGUCUCCACCUCGUGCGACGGUGCGGCGACCCUGGCUCCGCUGGACCCCCGGGGCCUGGGGAAGUGGGUGGACCAUCUGGAGCAGGAGAAGGUAGACCUGGUGCUGCCCAUGUCCACCAUCAACGAGGCCCUCUUCAUCGGCGUCGCGAAGGACUGGCUCCAGGCGAGGCUGCCCGACGUCCAGUUUGCCUGCGAGGGCCUGGAGAUGAUGACCCGGCUGGACAACAAGGCGCAGUUCGACCAGAUGUGCCGCGAGUGUGGCGUGCCCGUGCCCGAGGCUGGCGUUGCCACCAGCAGAGAGGAUCUGGAGAACGGGUCCAUUCCGUUCGGGGAGAUGGACGUCAUCAUCAAGCGGAUCGAGUCGAGCAUCAACCGGGAGGAGGAGAUCAAGCUAGUUCGCAGGGGGGAGAAGGUGCCCGAAUCGGUGCAGCCCACGCCGUCGGAUCCGUGGCAGUGGCAGCGCUUCAUCCGUGGCACCGAGUACUCCGCGUGGUUCGUGGCAGUGGACGGCAAGAUCACCUUCCAGGGCUGCUACCGUUCGGAGAGCGACCUCCUGUUCUUCGAUGGCAUCCCCGUGCCCGAGGACGUCGAGAAGGCGAUCGCGGGACUCAUCGCCAAGCACAAGCUCACAGGCCAGUACGCCUUUGACUACUUCCGCGAGGACUCCACGGGCAAGUUCUUUGUGAUCGAGUGCAACCCUCGCGCCUCCUCUGUGCUGGAGGGCGUGUCCGGGACUCCGGGCUGGGGCGCCAGCUUCUUCGGCGACGACGUUCGCCCAGCCACGCAGUACCAGAAGGUGGGCUUCUGGUUCCACCAGAACUGCUGGCCGUUCGUGGCGGAUCGCACCGAGGGGUUCUGGGCCUGGUCCGACCCUCUGCCCGUCCUCGUGGCGGAGCUCGCCUGGCCGCUGGAGAUGCUGCGCAUCAAGGGCGCGCUCCGCGGGGGCGCGCUGCCCAGGGAUCCCAAGGGCAUUCCGAUCGAGGCCGGGGAGCCGCUGACCGCGAGGUUCCCCGCGGCCUUCGAGGCCCUGGGUCUGAACUAUCACCACCUCGACGUGAACAUCGGCAAGGUCAUCGUGCCCGGGCCAACCGUGGGCCGCGACUACGCGUACUUCGAGGAGAUCGCGCGGGACACGCGCGCGUCCUUCCUGCGGGCGCAGGUCCGCGAGCGCGGCGCGUCCCCCAGCGUGCUGUGCGCCAGUGCAGAGGUGGCCCGCGCGCUGGUGGGCAUGGACGGGUGCGCGCCGAAAGUCACACGGCUCGUGCAGGACCCGAUGGAGAUGAUGCAGGCGGCGCGGGAGAACCAGUGCCUCAAGGAGAGCCUGAUCCUGGGGAGCCCCAGGUCGACGCUGCGCAACCUCGCGCAGCAGCACAAGGCCUUCGACGCCAUCUUCCUCCACGAGGAGCUGCUCGCAGCCGUGCCCUCCUCCCUCGUGGUGCCCGGCGGCCGCGUCCUCUCGCUGGAGGCCCUGCCCGCGGGCCGCAAGGCGUGCUGA